AUGGACAAACAUUGGAACCCAGUUCACGACAUGCCAGACAUGAGAGGCAAAGUCGUGGUAGUUACUGGCGGAAACUCAGGCAUAGGUCUGCACACGGUAAAGCAUUUCGUAUCCAAGGGAGCAAAGGUGUAUUUUACCGCUCGAUCAGAGGCAAAGGCACAAUAUACCCGACAGUUUGUGCUGUCAGCCGCACCACAAGCACUAUCCGAGAACCUCAUUUGGGUGUCGAUUGACCUGUCCAACGUUGAGAGCGUCAUGCAGGGCGCCAACUUCAUAAAGUCCAAGGAAAAGAAAGUCGACAUUCUAGUAAACAACGCUGGGCAACUCACUCGCGAUUUACAAACCAAUGACGCAGGAUGGGAAAUGGUCAUGGCAGUUUGCCACGUAGGACACUUUGUUCUCACCAACGCCUUGAUUCCGCUUCUCUCUGCCGCCGCAGCCGAAAAAGACGCCGACGUCCGAGUGGUGACACUGUCUUCCAACGUUGUUGGCAUAUUUCUCCCGCACGACUAUCCAUUCGACUUUAAAUCUCGCGGGUUUCUGUACGGAGAUACUCCAUAUGCACCGUGGAAAUUCCGUUAUCUGCAGAGACACUUUUUCACCGUCGACAUGCUGCGAUAUAGUUUGGCCAAGGCGGCCAACAUGAUUUUCGCACAGGAACUGCAGCGGCGUUUCGACGACCGAGGAUUGAACAUCAUAUCCGUAUCCCUGCACCCCGGCGGUGUCAAAAGCGAUGCUGCUUUGGCCAUAUUUGCAGAGUUCAUGAAGCCUAUUAUGCGGCGUGUCAUGGUUGGUGAGGACGAGGGAUCCUUCACCACGCUCUUUGCCGCGACUAGCAAAACAGUUCUCUCCACGGCUGGGUACAAGGGCAGGUAUAUGGAACCGAUUGGCCAGGUGAUGCCGUCUCACCCUGUGACUGAAGACGAAGAGCAGGUCCGGGGUCUUUGGAACAAUACUGCGGCAGAAGUUGCCAAGUACGUGGAGGAGCAUAACUGCGGCGUGUUGGAAGAUUGGUGA